GAGAGAGAGAGAGAGAUAGAGGUAGAAAGAGAGAGAGAGACUGUUUCUCUCUGACCACUAUCCAGCUAAAGAUAUAGAUAUAGCAUAAGAAGGGGAAGGAAAGGAGAAGAAGAAAGAGGAAAGAGUAGAAAAGCUCCUUAAUGGCAACCUCUCAUUAACUCUCUCUCUCUCUCUCUCUCUCUCUCUCUCUCUUCAAUCACUUCUUCCUUGGUCAUGAGCAAAUCAAAAGAGAGUCCAUUGUAGUGGGAUGUUUGCUGUACUUCUCAUAAGCAAAGGGCUUUUAGGAGGGUUUAAGGGCUUGUAUUUAUAAAAGGCUGCAAGAGUGGGGUUUAGGUGCUCUCUCUCUCUCUCUCUCUCUCUCUCUCUCUACACAGAUCCCUAUCCAUGCUUUGCUUGGUGGAGCUAGCUAUUCUUCUCUUUUUUGGCUUAAGUUUGAAGGGGCCCCAUGUUGAUGUUCUCCACCAAUGAGAAGAAUAUAAUGCGAGAGGAUUGCUGCUUGUUUUGAUUCUAUAUAGUUUGUGUAUGUUUUAUCCUCUCAAUGAAUGAGGUUACUUGCAUAGGUUCUUGUUAGAUUCUCUCUCUCUCUCUCUCUCUCUCUCUCUCUCUCACUCUCUCUCGAGAAGGUGGAGUGGAGGAGGGAGAUGAAAGCCAUGAGCAACAACUGGUUGGGUUUCUCUCUCUCCCCUCAAAUGAACAUGGAGGUGUCUUCUGACCCACCCCAUCAUCACCAUCAACACCACCAUCAUCUCCAUGGCCCCCCUUCAUCAUCUCCCUCCUCCUCACUCCCAUGCAGCUUCUUCCUCUCUCCUCCUCCUCCUCCUCCUCCUCCCACCAUGUGCUAUGGAGUUGAAGGAGACAACAACAACAAUGAGGCUCUCUACUCUCAGCUCCCCAUCAUGCCUCUCAAAUCAGAUGGUUCUCUCUGCAUCAUGGAAGCUCUUCACAGAUCACAGCACCAAGGAAUGGUGCCAUCUCCAUCCCCCAAGCUAGAGGACUUCUUAGGUUGUGGUGGUGGUGGAGGAGGAGGAGGAGGAGGAGGAGGUGGUAAUGGUGGUGUUCCAACUCCAACCAAUGAGGGAGAAGCAAUGGGCUUAAGCUUGGACAACACCACAAUGUACUACAACCAAAACAUGGAGAGUGAGAGCAAUAGGAACCACCCUUUGAAUCUGAACCUCCUCCAGCUGCAUUACAGGCAACACAACCCCUAUUUCCAACCAUUAGAAGAGAGCAUGUUGAUGUACAACACACCAUUGGAUUAUGGUAGUGCUCAUAAUACCAAUAACACUGGGUUGGUUGAGGGAGGAGUGGUGUAUGGGGACUUGAAGCCACUGAGCUUGUCCAUGAGCCCAGGGUCUCAAUCUAGCUGUGUGACAGCUCCACAAGAGAUUGCACCACUUGCUACAACCACUAACUCCACUGCUGCUGCUGCUGCAACAAAUGAUCAAUGCAUCAUGGGCUUGGAUGGUGCAAGCAAAAAGAGGGGGGGUGGGAAAAUGGGGCAGAAGCAAACUGUUCACAGGAAGUCCAUUGAUACAUUUGGGCAGAGAACUUCUCAAUACAGGGGUGUCACCAGGCACAGGUGGACUGGAAGAUAUGAAGCCCAUCUCUGGGACAACAGCUGCAAGAAAGAAGGCCAAACAAGGAAAGGAAGACAAGUUUACUUAGGUGGCUAUGACAUGGAAGAGAAAGCCGCGAGAGCUUACGACUUAGCCGCGCUCAAGUACUGGGGACUUUCGACUCACAUCAAUUUCCCUCUGGAGAGUUACCAAGAAGAGCUAGAGGAGAUGAAAAACAUGAGUAGGCAAGAAUACGUCGCGCAUUUACGAAGGAAAAGCAGCGGAUUUUCUCGCGGCGCUUCGAUGUACCGAGGAGUGACAAGGCACCAUCAGCACGGACGAUGGCAAGCGCGAAUCGGUAGAGUAGCCGGAAACAAAGAUCUUUACCUCGGAACGUUCAGUACUCAAGAGGAAGCGGCGGAGGCCUACGACAUAGCCGCGAUAAAAUUCCGAGGGGCGAAUGCGGUUACCAACUUCGACAUAACGCGAUACGACGUGGAGAGGAUCAUGGCCAGCAAUACGCUGCUCCCGGGAGAGCUUGCCCGCAAGGCCAAAGCGAUCGAAUCAUGCAACGAAGUCUCGAAUCUGAAUCUAACCGACGAAAAUGACCAGUGCGCUUCCGAUUGGAAGAUGGUUCUCUACCAAUCAGCCCAACAAGAGGCGGCGGCAGCAGCAGCAGCAGCGAGAUCCUCCGAAACUGGCGAGCAGAAGCCGAUCGGGGAAGCAGCGGCGAUUUUCGCUUCGCCUCUUAACGGGCUGGUCGACGUGGAGAUCGAGAACUCGAGGCACGAGAUCGACGACAGCGGGAAACUGGCGAGCACCCAUGUCUCGAAUUCGUCUUCUUUGGCGACAAGUUUGAGUUGCUCUAGAGAGGGGAGCCCUGAGAAAGCUGGUUUCACUGGGUUUUAUUCUAAGACUCCAAACAAGUUUAUCUCUCAAAAUUCAGUGAGUUCUUGGAUUCAAAUGCCAGUUUUUGCUGCAUGGACUGAUGGUUAGAGUAGAAACUAGACCAAGUUGUGUGAAGGGAGUAGGGAGGUCAUUUUCUCUUUCCC